AUGCCGCUUCUGUUCACAGGGAAAUCUGUUCAUUCAAGUUCAGGAUCUCACUCUUAUGCCAUGGCCUCUCAAACAAAGGCUUAUAAACCAAUAGAGUUGAAGCUUGUGAUAGACAAGAUAAGCAACCAAGUUCUAUAUGCAGAGUCAAAUAAGGAUUUUGUGGACGUGUUGCUUAGCUUUCUCACCUUACCAAUGGGAACAAUUAUAGGACUGGCUGAUAAAAGAUCUGGAAUUGGAUCUAUGGAUGAACUGUAUAAGAGUGUAGAGGUCCUUGAUGAUGAAAAGUGCUUUUGGACAAAGGCUGGCAAGACCAUGUUGCUUAAUCCAAGAAGUGCUUAUGGAUUUCAGUACCAUAACUUAGUCGUAAAGAUUGAUGGAAUGGAUUAUUCAAAGCUCUAUACUUGCAGAAGAGAUCCAUGUUGGACCUCGAAUUCAGGCUUCUUUAGUUUGGUUAAGAAUUCGAUAUGUGUUUGCCGACAAGCCAUGGAAUAUGAGGUUCAUUUGCAGAACACAGGUGGAAAUGUUGGCAGCAGCAGCAUGGCUUUCAUCAACAAAGUUGAUAGGUAUAUUAUACGUGAUGAUUUAGAAAUAUUGCCAUCAAGAAUAGAAAAUGGUCUUCCCUGGCUUGAGGAAAAAUAA